UGUUCGUCACCCCGCGGGGCUGUCGCGACAGAGCGAGGGGCCCCGGGGCCGGCGGUGUGUCAAGGCUGGGGAGGCUUCGCGAUAGGGGAGAGGUCCCCAGUUGCCAUCCACGUGCGCGGCCUUUAGGCUGUCACAGUGGGGUCCGCCAAGGCGGGGCUGUCACGAUACGAUCGGGGCUGUGAGGCCAGUCCUGGCAGCGCUGUUGUGACAGAAGUGGCUCCUCGAAGCCAUCGCGGGCUCGACAGGAGGGGUCCCUGUUCCCCCAGCCGGCCCCGGCCCCACGUCCCGCAGGUGGCGGCGGUGCCCGCCCGCGCUCCGGGACGGACCCGGGGAUGGACCCGGGGAUGGAUCCGGGGAUGGACCCGGGGAUGGACCCGGCCGGAGCUCUCCCGGCGCUGGAGCGGGAGCUGCGGGCGGCGCUGGCGGAGGACGAGCGGCGGCAGCGGGAGGGCCAGGCCAAGCUGCGGGCGCUGCGCCAGGGCGUCCCCGACUACAGCCAGUUCAGGGAGAUUGUGCUGGCCUCACACCUGAAGCCCCUGGAGAAGAAGGACAGGCUGGGACAGAGGAGGAAUGUGCUGUGGAAUCCCUGUGCAGCCCCGGCCAAGGCAGCACCUGCCCACACUGUGGAGAUCCCACAGGAACUGGAUCAGCUGCCUGGGACUGCUGCAGAAUUUCACAGAGAUUGGCGCAGAUACUUGAAAAGUGGGACAGAGAAAUACCAGUUUUUGCUGGAGCUCGGAGGGGAGGCCUUGGGCAGGAUCUUCCAGGCUGAUGUGGGCUUUGGUCUCCUGGGGGAAUUCCUGACAGUGCUGGCAGAGAACAUCCAUCCCAGAGACAGAGCUGCCAUCCUUCAGAUCCUGCAGAGCCUGGCGGGCACCAAGCGCUUCGGGCUGAACGUGGCUCUCCUGAGCCAGGCGGAGAAGGAGAGCAGCCAGGAUUUGUUCAGGAAGCUGCAGAGCAGGGAUUGUCAGGCUGCUGGCCAGCCUGGUGGCCUGGCCAGCUGUGAGGCAGGGAGGGAAGCCCAUCCCGUGGAGACCCACUUGGAAAAGGAAACUGAGGAGGAGAGGACAGUGGUGGAGUUGAUGAAGUGUUACCAGGUCAGCUGAGGGAGCAGGAACACCAGG